GCACUGCUGCCUGCAACAACCUCACUCGCGUGAUUCCACAAACGGGCGUCACGCGCAUUAUCCGGUUAAUUUACAUACAAAACACCGCCCAGGGGGACGAACAUGAUAAUCUACCAUCGACUGAAAGCAAACCUUGUGGAGGGGAGAAAAAAACAGCUGAGAAAAAGUUUGGACGGGAGAGGGCUGUUUUAAACCAAGCGGAGUGUUUCGACACAAACGAACAGACGCUUGUCGGGCUCUUUGCCCCACUUUUGGAUUACGGAUAUGGACGCUUUGAAAUCCGCUGGAAGGGCAAUUAUACGGAGCCCCAGUAUCGCCAAACAGUCGUGGGCUGGGGGCAGACAUAAAAAGCUUCCGGAGAACUGGACGGAUACGAGGGAGACCCUUCUGGAGGGCAUGGUGUUUCAGCUCAAGUACCUGGGGGUCACAAUGGUUGAGCAGCCCAAAGGAGAGGAGCUGUCUGCGGCUGCUGUCAAGAGGAUAGUGGCCACGGCCAAAGCCAGUGGAAAAAAACUGCAGAAAGUCACAUUAACAGUCUCCCCACGAGGAAUCAUCCUCUAUGACAGUGCCUCCAACCAGCUGAUAGAAAACAUCUCCAUAUACAGAAUAUCAUAUUGCACAGCAGACAAGAUGCAUGACAAAGUGUUUGCCUACAUCGUCCAGAGCCAACACAAUGAGACUCUGGAGUGUCAUGCCUUCCUCUGCACUAAGAGAAAAAUGGCCCAGGCGGUAACCCUAACAGUGGCUCAGGCUUUCAGAGUGGCGUUUGAAUUCUGGCAGGCAGCCAAGGAAGAGAAAGAAAAGCGAGUGAAGUCAGGUUCAGACGGAGAAGGAGCCAGCAACUCUCAGUCGGACAGCUCGGCCAGCCUGGGCAGCCUGAAGGGAGGAGAGGUAGCCACAGGAAAACUUCUGGAUUUGGCAGAGGGAGCCAACGCGGCGCUGGUCCACUCAGGAACAAAGCAGACUGAAUCGGAUCCCUUUAUGGUGCAUAAUCAUGCUACAGAGAACAACAAUACUGUAUGGGAGUUGGAGGACGGUCUGGACGAGGCUUUCUCAAGACUCGCUGAGUCUCGCACUAACCCCCAGGUCCUGGACAUUGGGGUAAACCCUCAGGACUUCAACACUGAAGAGUGCCUGUCCCCAGGCAAAUGGGACCAAGAGGACACAGACUUCACCACACAAAAAGACACUUUCUAAAGUGAAGCCUCCACCAGGAGGGGGAAACAGGGAAACAAGAGGAGGAUUGGUGUUAAAACAUGGUUGGAAACUGAAGUGACAGACAUUUGUGACAUCUGUAUGGUUUCCCCACCUUCUCACUGUUGCCAAGUCCUCUCAGUGGUUCAGUCUCGUGGCUCUCUGAUGCUUCUGCAUCUCCGACCAGAGAAGGACAGCAUGAGCAGGCUGCUCACAGAACAGGCCAAAGCAAUAAAACCAAUUUACCCAUUUUUUUAUGAAAAAACAAAACAAAAACAUGCAGUCAUUUAAUGUUUGUUACAGUCAGUGUAUUACUUCCUUUUUGUGUCUGUUUACCCAUUCACUGUUAGUAAUGUGUUCGUGGUAUGUGCUUGUGUACAAUGCGUUGAAGUGUGAGUGUGUGUGGAUGUACAGUAUAUAAGUGUACAGAGUGAGAUGAGAACUGUGAUAUGCUGAGUUUUGAACAAGUUGUUACGUGAGGUAAAGGUCAACAAGGGUGCUGUCACAUAUUUUAUUUACUUGGAGAUGGAGAAAUAGAACUGGAUUAGAGGGAAAGGUCACUGGUGAACGCCACCGAUGCACCAGUAUAGGGCAAAACAAAGUUACUACCUACAUGUGCUUCAAGGAUUCAGCCUCUUAUGGGGCAACAAAAGCUUUAAAAAAGAGUGUGUAUGUUUUGGUCAAAGAGUGUUUGUGUGAAAAAUGGAUGAGAACAAAAUGACAAUCUUAUUUUUUUUCUAAUGCAAAAUCUAUUUUUGCACUCAAUAUUCAUCCACUUUAAAAGCACAUAUUUCAUGUAAGGGAAUUUAAUGUUAAUAAGCAUCAAACUCAUUAUUCAGGCUUAAACAUAGUGCCUCUGUUCACCCUCUUCAUGUUUUGUUGUUUUAACGUUGAUUUACAGUGGAUUCAUUCUGCUUUUUUUCAAACAUUAUAGGAAACAGGCAAAUUCCAAAUAGCACCAAGUUUCAAACUAAGCCAGUUAUAGUUUCCACUCUGGCUCAUUGACAGGACUUGGAUGGGAAAGUGGAGGCAGAUCAGAACUGUGUUGCUUUCACUUUAACAUGACAGUCUUUUCUUUGACCCGUGUGAGCAAGUCACAAGUUAAUCAACUGUGAUUCAUGGUUGAAAAAAUAAAACAUGAAGUCGAAGGGGGUGAAUGCGUUUUAUUGGCACUCUAUCACUGUGUUAAAUUAUAUUGUUGCAUUGACUUUGCUAGUUUACUAUAUUUUUCUGGGGAGGGUUCCCAGUGUUUUGGCAUUUCUUUAUGUAUGAAUUUAAUUUAAUUCAUUAAUUUACAUAAAGUUCAAUAAAAGUAAAAUUGUCUAUGUGUGAUGUUUAUAUCAGAAUAAAAUUGUUGUAUUUUUUCAUUAA